AUGCCCCCCCGCUUGGGCGCGCAGGCGCCCAGUCCGGCGCGGAAAGCAGCACCAGACGAGGAGGAAACUGUGGAUGAUGAGGGGAACAUAAUUAUGGUGGAGUUGGAGCCACCUCCGCUGCCCGUCUCAGUCUCUUCUCGCGUCAGCGUCGAGGACUUGGCCGCCCUGUCGCCCCUGCAGCGCCGCGAAGUGAAGAAGAUGACCGAGAUCUCCCGGGACAAGGUCUCCGUGAUCGAUGAGAAGACCUUAGAUACCCAGACCAAUGAAUACUACACCUUUGGGGAGUCCACUUGGGAUCUGGUGAUCUUCAUCGGUACCGGAGCGCUGGGACCCCUGGGUUCUUUUCAGACCUUCUUAUUGGCGGUGGUGAAUGUCCUCAUGCAAGUCGUCUUUGUGGCCAUCGCGGCGUACAAUUUCACCUCUCCGGAUGUCGAUGAAGAGGCCAUCCUUGCCUCCCUGAGGUGGCGAAGGUCCUCGGGCCAUUCCUUCGCAGAUUAUAGCGCUGUGGCAAAGGAAUCCUUGGUGCACCGAGUGUGCAAGAUCGAUAAAUCCUUAGAGUCCUCUGGAAUCCAAGUGGCUCUCAUGGAGGAUAUCAACAAGUACCUGAAGUCCGACGCAGCGGGCAUGGAAGGCUUCUUCACAGGCCAAAUCCUCUGCAUUGUGGCGCUGGUUUGUUGGUAUUUGAUGGUGGCAAAGGAGGUGAGUCAUGCUUUGGCCUUGCACCGCGGCGUUAUGGCCAUGCCUCGGGGGCUUACGAAGCUGGACCAGCGGGAGAACCCCUUCACGCAGGUGGUGCAUUACCGGCUUCGUGCGGUGACCUUCAGCCGCAAGCUUGCCAGUGGACUGCUCUUGCUAUACCGCCUGGUGGCCGCCGGGCUGCUGGUCAUGGUGGGGACCUACUUUCUGGUCUACACAGUGAGCGUCACAGAGCUCAUUUUAAACGCCGUGGCCUUGGGGAUUAUCUUGGACAUCGAUGAUCUCUUGUUCGACGCCUUAGCCACGACUCCAGGGAGGCAUUUGGUUCAUCAACUGGAUCCACUGCCCAUGCCGUCCUUGCCCAGGAUUCGAGGGGCAGAUGCCAAAUCCGUCUUUAUGAGCCUGGCCAUUCCUGGGCUCACGCUCUUUGUUUACUUCACCAUGCUGGGACCUAUGGUGCAAACGCUUGAAGAGGUGAAGUCGGCCAUGUGUGGUGGAAACGUCGACUUUGUAUGGACCUUGGACAAGAAUCGGAUCACCCGCUUAUCACCCACCGUUGGUGGUGGUUGGGACGAAGAAGAAGACAGCAUCAAGACCAGGGCCAUUGAGGAGGCCGAGAGGAUUGGUUACGGCUCUUCCAUCAAUCAAACUCGCUUCGGCCUCUGGGAGUCCGAGGUGAGCGUUCUCAGCGAUAUUGCUGCCAUGAGCCAUCCAGAAUUGGUCCAAGCGAGCAACCCUUCUUGUGGAGAUUUGGCCAACCAAGAGCCUCUCUUGAACUACCUUCGAUAUUUUCUGCAAAAUGAUAGUAUUCAAAGCUGCGCAGAUGCCUUGCCCUAUUGCAAUUCUGUGACGAAGAUGCCUGAGUAUGGCGGAGAUGAGGGACGUGGCUGGGCGACGCGCUACUUAUGCGCCGAGAGUUGCGGAUGUCGAAACCCGGGCGGUGAAGGCAUUUCUUUGCAAGGAUGCCCAGCAGAUGACUGUCGAGCUACCCCGGACUUCACCAGCUUCAGAGAAAGCAGCGUUUGCAUCGAGAAGAACGCCUCGCGUUUGCGACGUUUCGCACCGUGGGUUGCCUGGGUGGAGACAAUCCGAGCCUAUGGUCUCUCACCAGCCCAGUUGGAUCGCCAAGCCGAUGCACUCUUGAUCGCCAAUGCCAUGUGGGAGAAUGGCUGUGGAUUUAUGCAAAACUUGACAGAUCAAAACAUCUCAUGGGGAAGCUGCUUUGCAUGGAGUAGUACGUUCAACUGGGAGUUCAAGACGGUGGAAGCCUUUUGCCCGAUCACCUGUGGCUGUUCCGAGACCCACAGAGCGUAUACGGGCUGCCCGUUGCCAUAUGGCUUCAGCUGUGAUGGCUUAUGGCAUUGCCUCACUUGGAAUGAGCAACAUUACUGCCCACCCUAUGUGGAGGUCAUCUACGGAGAAUUCACCAUGUCCUACAACUAUUCACAUGUCGGGGUCUUGUCCGAGUACUACUGGUCUUUGGUGAAUGCCAUGAAAGUGGCGAUCGCCGAACAUGCGGGUCAUUCUCAAGCGCUUCAUCCGGAUACCAUUGUGCCUGAUACUUGA